AUGAGCAAGGAACAAGGCUGUGUUCUAAAAGCUUGGGAGGUGACGGUGAGAAAGACCCAACAAGCCAAGAAACGAGCAAACAACAUUUUUGGAACCGUAUCUGUAGCUCCACAAACAGAUGAUGAAGCUACUGCGACCGAGGAGAAUGAUGAUGAGACCAGCACUAACAGAAGCAGCAUAGGAGAACUCUACAAUGCCGAGAGAGUACUUCCUAGUGGAGACUACUACACAGGUCAAUGGUACGAUAGUUUCCCCCACGGACACGGUAAGUAUCUAUGGACAGAUGGUUGUAUGUACAUUGGUGAAUGGUACAACGGGAAGACUAUGGGGAAAGGGAAGUUUGGUUGGCCUUCUGGUGCAACGUAUGAAGGUGAGUUCAAAAGUGGAUACAUGGAUGGGAUUGGCACGUACACAGGUCCUAGUGGAGAUACUUAUAGAGGUCAAUGGGUGAUGAACCUGAAACAUGGACAUGGGAUCAAGAGUUACGCAAACGGAGAUGUCUAUGAUGGUGAAUGGAGGAGAGGUUUGCAAGAAUCUCAAGGGAAGUAUCGUUGGAGAGAUGAGAGUUAUUACAUUGGGGAGUGGAAGAACGGUAUGAUCUGUGGCAAAGGUACUUUUAUUUGGACAGAUGGUUGUAGAUACGAUGGGUUUUGGGAUGAUAGUUUCCCUAGUGGAAACGGGACGUUCAAGUGGGACGAUGGGAGCUUCUACGUUGGUCAUUGGUCUCAAGAUCCUGAAGAAAUGAAUGGUACUUAUUAUCCAUCGGGGAAUGAAGAGAAUCUUGAAUGGGAUCCUAAAGAUGUGUUUAACAAUCUGAGUGAGUACAAGAUUUGUAGUGGAGAGAGAGUUCCUGUGUUGCCUUCACAGAAGAAGCUCUCUGUGUGGAACUCUUCCAAGCGUGUAGAGAAGCCGAGGAGGAUCUCUGUUGAUGGGAGGGUGAGUGUUGGUUUAGAUAGAGCGUUUGAGAAGAUGAAUAUGUGGGGAAGUGAAAGUGGUGAAGGCGCUGCUGAUAUUGAUUCCACCACAAGGAGAGACUUGGAUGCUGAGAUAAUGAGACUUGAGGCUGAAGGAUUCAUUCAGAGCUUGAAACCUAGCCCUGUGCCUAUGAGAUUGCCAAGGGCAGGGAAGAAGCAAGGGGAGACAAUAUCGAAAGGACACCGGAACUACGAACUUAUGCUCAAUCUACAGCUUGGAAUCAGACAUGCUGUUGGAAAACAAGCUGCUGUUGUGUCUCUUGAUCUUAAGCAUUCAGCUUUUGAUCCAAAGGAGAAAGUAUGGACAAGAUUUCCACCAGAAGGAACCAAAUACACACCUCCUCACCAGUCUAGUGAAUUCAAAUGGAAAGACUAUUGCCCAUUAGUUUUUAGGAGCUUGAGGAAGCUAUUCAAAGUAGACCCAGCUGAUUACAUGUUAUCAAUAUGCGGUAAUGAUGCACUUAGGGAGCUAUCGUCCCCUGGCAAAAGUGGAAGCUUUUUCUACCUAACAAACGAUGAUCGUUACAUGAUUAAAACAAUGAAGAAGUCUGAAACUAAAGUGCUUCUAAGAAUGCUUGCAGCGUAUUACAACCAUGUUAGAGCAUUUGAGAACACUUUGGUGAUUAGAUUCUACGGUCUCCACUGCGGUAAUGAUCCGAGAGAUAAUAUGCCCUGAUGGAAGAACGGUUUCUAAUCAAGAAGAGGUAAAGAAAGAAGCAGAAAGAUUCUUUAAAGAAUUCCUUACGUAUGAGCCGAUGGACAUAGAGGAAAAGUCUGUACAGGAUCUUCAGAGCAUUAUCCCUUUCAGAUGUAGCGAAGAAGAAAGAGCAAGGCUUAUAAGAAUUGUUACAGAGGAGGAGAUAAGAGAAGUUGUAUUCAGGAUGCCAAGUAGUAAAUCUCCAGGACCGGAUGGGUAUACAAGUGAGUUUUUUAAGUCAGCAUGGAGCGUAAUUGGAAAAGACCUCACCAUUGCAGUUCAGUCUUUCUUCAGUAAGGGAUUUCUACCUAAGGGUUUAAAUGCAACAAUACUGGCGCUGAUACCUAAGAAGGACAGAGCUCAAGAAAUGCGAGAUUAUAGACCGAUCUCAUGCUGCAAUGUGCUAUACAAAGUGAUCUCCAAAAUCAUCGCUAACAGACUGAAAGGUACAUUACCACAGUGUAUAUCUUACAAUCAAUCUGCGUUCAUAAAAGAUAGGCUUUUGGUUGAAAAUUUGCUGUUGGCAACGGAGAUAGUCAAAGAUUACCACAAAGAAGAUGUUUCUCCUCGCUGCGCAAUAAAGAUAGAUAUUGCAAAAGCCUUUGAUUCAGUGAAUUGGCAGUUUCUAUUGAAUACAUUGGGAGCCCUGAACAUGCCUGAGGAAUUCAUACAUUGGAUCAAGUUAUGCGUCUGUACGGCUUCAUUCUCGGUUCAGGUUAAUGGAGAGCUUGCGGGAUUUUUUCAGAGUAAAAGAGGGCUCAGGCAAGGGUGUGCUUUAUCACCAUACUUGUUUGUCAUUUGCAUAAAUGUGCUGUCUUGUAUGCUGAACAGAGCAGUGGAAAGGAAGCAGAUUGGUUAUCAUCCUAGAUGCAAAAACAUCCUCCUGUCGCAUCUAUGCUUUGCAGAUGACCUGCUGGUAUUUACUGAUGGAACAAAGAGAUCAAUAGAAGAAGUUCUCAAGGUGUUUAAGGAGUUUGAGAGUUGCUCGGGUCUGAAAAUAAGCCUGGAAAAGUCCACCUUAUACACUGCAGGGAUAAAUGAGAGUACUAAGGCGGAUAUUAUAGCUACCUUUCCC